ACGUGCCCGGGGUUGGUACGCCACUGUACCUGCGCACGUGGUGGCCACAUGCGGGUACAGUGGAGCACGUGGUCACAUGCGCGGGUACAGUGGCGCACGUGUGAUCAGGGCAUUUCUACCUGGGCCAUGCUGCCAUCCCUGGGGCCCCGUUUGCUGGCGACACGUGGACUGAGUGGCCUGCGGCUGGGACCCCGUUGGUCACCGGUGGCCCAGGGCCUCCGCAGGCCCAGCGGGACGCGCGGCGGCACGGGGAGGCCGCAGGGAGAGGCGGCCGUGCGGGACUUCAUCGAGGCCAACAUGGAGGCGAGCCGCGAGCACCUGACCCCCGAGCUGACGCUGCGGCUGCUCACGCCGCGCUGCCCGCUCUGGACCGCGCGGCCCGAGACGUGGCCCUUUCCCGCCGAUCCCUACUGGGCCAUCUACUGGCCCGGCGGCCAGGUGCUGGCCAGGUUCCUCCUGGACCAGCCGGACGUGGUGGCUGGCCGGGCCGUGCUGGACCUGGGCAGCGGCUGUGGGGCUGCAGCGAUCGCGGCCGCCAAGGCGGGGGCCUCGAUCGUGGUGGCAAAUGACAUCGACCCCGUGGCAGCCGUGGCCAUCUCCCUGAACGCGGAGCUGAACGGCGUGCACGCAGACUCCCUGCGCGUCGACGUGCGCGACCUCCUCCUCCCGCACCGCGCUCCGUCUCCCCCGUGGGACGUCCUCCUCCUGGGCGACAUGUUCUACGACGGCACCACCGUCCACUCGCUCCUGCGCUGGCUCGAGACCUCGCUGGCGCAGCGGCGGCGGCGGCGGGGGCAGGAGACGGAUCCCCCGGCUCCGACGGUGCUUGUGGGAGACCCCGGGCGGCCGGUGUUUUUGGAGCGAUACGAGGCGUGGCUCGGAGCGCGGGCGGCGGCGACGGCUCCGGUUCUCCGCGAGCUGGCGCGCUACGAGCUUCCCGAGAGCGCCCGCAGAGACAACAGCGGGCUCAGCGACGGCGCCGUGUGGACGCUGCACCUCUGACAGUUGACCCCGUGGCCAGUCUUUUUUGAGUCUGCUUUUUUCCACGAGGCUCAACGGGGACACGUGCUGAGCUGGCCAGCUCCUUAGCGCAAAAUCGCCCUCGCGUGAUCAAGAUCAAGUUUAUUUAUUAGGUAUAGCCCUGUGAGCCAUUCGGCUCUUGAAUCGGGUGCAACCGCAACAAACAAAAAACAAAAACACGAACAAAAAACAUCUUAAAGUGAAUAUGUGACUGAGUGCAAACAGAAAUCCAAGAAAAGACGGAAAAACAUUGCAGAAAAAAAUCACCGUACACCAACGCUGUGUGCAAAAAUCCCAGUGGGAUGCAAGUCAAACAACCAACAACAACCACAAGACAACUUAGAUUAAGGCCAUCAGUCUAACUCUGUACUACGACAAACAAACAUGGCUAAACCAAUAUAACUAAUAUCAAAGGCUGCCGAGAAGAACGCGACUCUGUAGGGCCGAUAUGCAAGCGAAUGACACGUUAUUCCCUCCAUGUCACUGAACACUGUGAAGGAGAAGUGAUUAAUUUUAACGAAGCAUUCACUGCGCGGUGUGAAAUCAUAGUGGCUGCCCACCGUGCUAUUGAUAAGAAAUGCGAUGUAUCUUCUUGGUUCUUUCAGUAAAGUCACGUAGAAGGGAAGUAAUAAAAUAAUAAAAAUAAAACGGGCAUAAGUAGUACUAAUCACAUACCUGCAUUUCCCAUAUCCCUUCCCUUUGAUGCUGCUAAUCCUGCGUAAUGCACGGGCAUGAGUAGUACUAAUCACAUACUUGCAUUUCCCAUAAAUAUGCUAAAUGCCUCUUGAUAUGCAUAUUCUUUUGUCAAUGCGCCCUUUUCCCCCCUUCUAACCCAGCUUAUAUAUAUGCUCCAAGCACGUGUGCUGUUUCAUUCAGACGCUGUCGCCUCGACAGACCUGGUUUUCACCUCGACAGACCUGGUUUUCACCUGAGGACGGCUGCUUGCGUUGUGGCCGAAACGUCGUGAGAAUUGUUUUAUUAUGUUUUAUUUGUAUUAUUUUAUUACUUCCCUUCUACGUGACUUUACCGAAAGAACCAAGAAGAUGAAUCUCUGCAGUCAUGAAAGCUUUAAAUCGAAAUGCGAUGUAUGUUUCGUCAAGAGCACCCCUCUAGCUCUUGAGACAACUCAGUGGCAGUGUUUAUGCUGCCUGUGCUGUAAGGAAGGAAAAUAAUGGAUUUGUCGGACACGCAAUGAAAAUAUUCGAUUCACGCUAAAAGGUCAGAAGGGCAAAGUCCGUGUUUUUUUCCGAUGUUUUUAUUGAUAAACUAUUUACAGGAAAGAGUGACGUGAACAAUUCCAAAAGUGAUGUUUCUUAUCGCACAAAAUAACGAAAAGUCAAUAACAAAAUCACAAGAAAUGCUGUUGCAGAGUCCGCUUUCAACACAAACUUGCAUUACUCUGCAUGAUAUAUUUGUAAAAGAGAAUGGUUAAACAACAUUUAAGGCUCUUGUUCCAGGUUCCAGAAUGUGAACUUUAAACAAUGUAUAUUCACCUAUCAAUGGCGUCUGAAGAAGGAUAUGGUGUCCAUGUAUAUGCUUUGUCAUUAAACGAUUUUAAAAUAUUUUCGCCCGAAGCGAGUUG